CCCGCAGAAUGCGUGACGCAUAUGGACAGAGAGCAGACCAAGAAGGUGGUGUACUCUGUGGUCUACGGAGCAGGGAAAGAGCGGCUUGCUGCUUGCCUUGGAGUUACUGUUCAGGAAGCUGCCCGGUUUUUGGAGAGUUUUUUGCAGAAGUACAAGAAAAUCAAGGACUUUGCCCAAGCAGCUAUUACCCAGUGUCACCAGACAGGCUAUGUGGUGUCCAUUAUGGGCAGAAGGAGACCGCUGCCAAGGAUCCGUGCACAAGACCAGAAGCUCCGCGCACAAGCAGAGCGGCAGGCGGUGAACUUCGUGGUGCAAGGCUCGGCCGCGGACCUCUGUAAGAUGGCUAUGAUCCACAUCUUCGUUGCAGUAGCUACUUCCCCCACCCUGACAGCCAGGUUGGUUGCCCAAAUUCAUGAUGAGUUGCUGUUUGAAGUGGAAGAUUCACAGAUUCCUGAGUUUGCAGCUCUAGUCAGGGGAACCAUGGAGUCCUUGCAGCAUGUGCCGGCAUUGGAGCUGCAGCUGCAGGUGCCCCUGAAGGUGAGCCUGAGUGCCGGCCGCUCGUGGGGACACCUGGUGCCGCUGCAAGAGGCCCCAGGCCCUCGGCCCAGCCCACGUCCUGCUGAGUCUCCAAGCAACCGCCUAGCCACUGCAGGGCCCCUUGUCAGCACCUACCCCUAGUGUGUGCAUUUUUCGCCUUCAUUUUGUCUGUAGCCCCAGGCAACAGCAGGAGGAGAGAACUGGUUUCCACCAGCCUAUUGUGUGGCCUUCCCCAAGGUCAGCAUUGGGUGCUUUGUACUAGCUCCGUCCGGAGAGCAGACCCUGGUGAGGGCCACAAUCACCCCCG